UUUACUUCGCACAGUUUAAAAGAAGCGUACAAUUCUCUUACACACACACACCAUCUCCCAUUUCUAAACCAGCCCAUCUAUAUAUUCACACCCCUUCAUUCACUUCAUUCUUGCACAUCCGACACGGGCAGAGACUCAUCAGAAAACGAAAACAAUAAUGGCUUGCGGAAGCUCUGCUCAUACGUCGUCGUUCCUCACUCUUCUCUUUCUUUUCCUUUCGGGUGUUCUAGUUCGCGGGCGCGACCCAUUUGGGUGUGACCCGACAGAUAAAACGACGAACAACUUGCCGUUUUGUCGGACGUCGGCGCUAAUAUCGGAGAGAGUGAAUGACCUGAUCGGACGGUUGACAUUGCAGGAGAAAGUUAGGCUGCUGGUGAACAAUGCUGCGGCGGUUCCACGGCUGGGAAUCAAAGGGUACGAGUGGUGGUCUGAGGCUCUUCACGGAGUAUCAAAUGUGGGCCCGGGGACAAAGUUUGGCGGGGCCUUCCCUGGGGCCACUAGCUUCCCUCAAGUGAUCACAACCGCUGCUUCGUUCAAUGCUAGUUUGUGGGAGGAAAUUGGACGGGUUGUGUCAGACGAGGCUCGAGCCAUGUACAACGGAGGCAUGGCGGGGCUCACAUAUUGGAGUCCUAAUGUCAACAUUUUCAGGGAUCCAAGGUGGGGUCGCGGACAGGAAACACCCGGUGAGGAUCCUGUACUGGCCGGUAAAUAUGCUGCUAGCUACGUCAAGGGGUUACAGGGAGAUGACGGUAACCGGUUGAAGGUUGCCGCCUGUUGCAAACACUUCACUGCGUAUGACCUCGAUAACUGGAAUGGAGUUGAUAGAUUCCACUUUAACGCUAAGGUUUGUUUGUUUCUCUUUUAUUUUUUAUUUUUUAUUUUUUUCUGGUCCGCACGUGCAGACUUUUUCUCACGUGCGAACCGAGCUUCUUCCCAGGUAAGCAAGCAGGAUAUCGAGGAUACAUUUGAUGUGCCAUUCAGGAUGUGCGUUAAGGAAGGUAAGGUUGCAAGUGUGAUGUGCUCUUAUAAUCAAGUCAACGGCGUUCCCACUUGUGCUGACCCUAAUCUCCUGAGGAAGACCGUACGCGGAGUUUGGAACCUCAACGGGUACAUUGUGUCAGAUUGUGAUUCUGUUGGUGUGUUCUAUGAAAACCAGCAUUAUACAUCGACCCCUGAAGAAGCUGCUGCGGAUGCUAUCAAAGCAGGUUUGGAUUUAGACUGCGGACCAUUCUUAGCGGAGCACACGGAGGAUGCAGUGAAACAAGGGUUGUUGGGCGAGGCCGAGAUAAACAAUGCAUUGAGUAACACGCUGACGGUCCAAAUGAGGCUCGGAAUGUUUGAUGGGACGCCAUCAGCCCAUGCAUACGGGAAACUAGGCCCAAGAGAUGUGUGCACUCUGGCCCAUAAAGAACUAGCCCUUGAAGCCGCCAGACAAGGCAUUGUCCUUCUCAAGAACCAUGGUUCCUCACUGCCUCUAUCUCAUCGGCGUCACCGCACAAUCGCCGUCAUCGGUCCCAAUUCCAAUGCCACCGUCACCAUGAUCGGAAAUUAUGCUGGUGUUGCGUGUGAAUAUACAAGUCCCAUACAAGGGAUAGGGAAGUACGCGAAGGUAAUUCAUCAAAUGGGCUGUGGUAAUGUAGCCUGUGGUGAUGAAAACUUGUUCGAUGAAGCCAUUGAUAGUGCACGUCAAGCUGAUGCUACGGUUUUGGUGAUGGGACUUGACCAGUCCAUUGAAGCAGAGUUUAAGGACAGAACAGAGCUGGUUUUACCUGGUCACCAGCAAGAUCUUAUCUCUGAAGUCUCUAAAGCCUCAAAGGGUCCAACCAUAUUAGUUUUAAUGUCCGGUGGACCUGUUGAUCUCUCAUUUGUAAAGAAUGAUAAGUUGAUCUCUGCCAUUUUAUGGGUUGGGUAUCCUGGUCAAGCCGGAGGAGCCGCCAUUGCUGAUAUCUUGUAUGGAGAAACAAACCCAGGAGGGAAAUUGCCAAUGACAUGGUACCCACAAGAAUAUAUCAAGAAUUUAGCAAUGACAGAAAUGGCAAUGCGUUCAAGCCCUUCAAAAGGGUACCCAGGAAGAACAUAUAGGUUUUACAAGGGACCUGUGGUUUACCCAUUCGGUUACGGACUCAGUUACAGCAACUUUGUCCACACCAUAGCCAACGCGCCCACCGUCCUCUCAAUCCAUCUCCACGGCCGCCACGGCUCGCAAAACGGCACCGUUUCGGGCAAGGCGAUAAGAGUGACGCACGCGAAAUGCAGCGGGCUGUCGUUAGGAGUUCAAGUAGAGGUAAAGAACACAGGUUCUAAAGACGGUUCUCAUACGCUGCUAGUUUUCUCCACGCCGCCGGCCGGUCACUGGGCGCCGGAAAAACAGUUGGUGGGGUUUGAGAAAGUGCAGGUAGCCGCCGGCGGCCGGCGAGUAGUUGAAAUGAAUAUUCAUGUUUGUAAGUAUCUGAGCGUUGUGGAUAGAUCUGGGAUUCGAAGAAUUCCAUUGGGCGAACACCAUCUUCAUAUUGGAGGGAUUAAACACAGAGUCUCGCUGCAAGCUGCAACUCUGGGAAUAAUCAAGUCGUGAAAUUUAUUUCUAUUAAUUGUUUAAGAGAUUAUGGAAUUUUCUGUUCCUGGGAGAAAUUUGCUUCUGGGUAUUUUGAUUACUUGUUAGCAGUGAUGCAAUUGUAGGUUAUAGAUUGAUGAGGUUAUUUUAUACAAUUGAUUGGUGGAGUUAUACCAUUUAGUAACAAAUAAUUCAAAUUACACAAGUGAAUGAAAAUUGUAAUGACAUGAAAAAA